GAAGGUGCGAAGGCUUUGCUUUGCCCUAGAACAAAGAGAAGGGAUGAGUUUUAGGGUUGGAGGGGGGAUCCAGCGAUUUGGAUCCAGGAUUGUCCAUGCCAAGGACGCGAUCAAGGACACAUUCUUGUCAACCAAGAAUGUUUUUGAGCAACACAAGCUCGUCUUUACCAUUGGGACUUCGGUUCUCUCGGCUGGGGCUGCUUGGGCAGGCUACGUGGGGCGUCAAGUUCAUCAGCAACAUGUAGAAAAUCGGCUCAACUCCAUAGAAAACGCUAUGAAAUCGCAAACGGGUUUGCCAGAAGAUGAAAUCCUGGCAAUGACGAGGAGGGGCGUGAGCUUCAAGACGUGCUUUGCCUCAGUUGGAACGGCAUCAGUGAUCACGUACAUUCUUGGCUUUAGAUCCGGGAGAAAGUUCACGCUGGCCAGAAUCGAGAAGCAAAAGCAGCGGCUCCUGCUAGCCACGAACAAUCCCAAAGUUCCAAUCUCGCAGCGGCCGAUAGCUCUUAAGCUCCAGCAGAGAUUGAACGCUAUCAAGAUGCGAACCAGCGGCUGGAGGAGGAAGAAAAGUGGUAGCAACCAGCAGAAGAACGUCCGGGAAGAGGAAGAGCUCUAUCCGGGUUGUGCAUAGAUAGAUACAUCGAUAGAUCGAUGGGCGACGCUGCAAUUUUGAUGUACAGAGAUUUCUAGCUAAAGAUCCGAGAUUUUGUGUGUCUA